AUGGCAAGGAUCAAGGCUGUAGCACCAGUAUGGGUGGACACCAAGUUGAUCGAGGGCCGGCUGGACGAUCCAAAAGAGAUGUGGCGAGAGGCACAAGCUAAACGUUGCAAGAGCAGCAGUGUUUCUAUCUUCUCACCGAGCGGCCGGGAAUAUCUUGGGACAAUGCAUCUCAGUAGAGGGCGGGACGAGGGCAGGAUUGUGUGGUCUGAAGAGGACAUUACGCAAUCACAGAAGCCAAUAUCAGCAGCCGCAACAUCACUGUCCAGUGGAUCUCUACCAACAGAAUCAUCCGGUGCUCAGAGCACACUAUUGCUGCCCAUUACCCGGUCUCGACCGAAGAUUAGAAUUCUGCUUUCUGCCAACUUCGAUGCCGUAUCCGGUUGGCUGGGCACAGGUCAACGUCCGGACAACAAUCUUGCGGAUUACAGCUCGGGCUUUUUCUCUGCACACGUCGGCGUGCAUCGACUUCUAAGGCUAUUCAAGAAGCUUGAGGUCCAGGACAAGGUUACAUGGUUUGUACCGAUACACUCGGCAGAAAACAUUCCAUAA